UUUUGCCAAGAGAAUUCUGACAGAGGGAUAAAUGUGGAAUUUGUGUCUCAUUCCUGACUGCAAUCACCAAUGAAAUUAAGAAUACACUUUUUUUUUAUUAAUAAUAGUAACCUGUAAGACAGAUUGAGACUUUUUUUUUUUUGCCAUUAACAGCUACCUUUAUCGUUGCUAAACGGACAGUUUUUAUAGUCGUUUGAUUCUUUUUGCAUGUAAAUAAUCUGAUGUUUGGAACAUAUAGCUAGGUCUGUGGUUGUAUCUCAGUAAAUUAAUCUGUCACCAUGUGAUAUGCACAGGUACUUUGAUCUGAAGGCAAAAAACAUGGAGGUCCACAUGUCUAGAGUGGCUCCUUUUAGAUCGAAAGGUGACAGCAUUGCACAGAUACCAAAUGGUUCUGCUGGAAGAAGAUCAUGCACUCAGGACAGUUUUUAUUCUGAUUUGCAAGGUGAAAUGUCCUGCAGAAAAGGUAGUUUGCACUCUAGACCAUCUUCUUAUAACCCAAAAAGCUGUUUUGGAAAAACAGGUCCUACACAAGAGGAACCACUUAUUAAUAACGGUAAUCUUCGUUGUGGAAUUAUCCCUGCAGAACUGCACUCCAGACUUCUAGAUAUGAAGGAUUACAAGGCUAGAACACAUGCCAUAGAAGAACUGAAAUAUCUAAUCAAAGAGUGCGAUUUUAGCUUCAUAUCCCAUAAUGACGUUGUUGGACUUAUUAGCUUUCUACGUACAUUACUAGAUGAUCAGAAUUUUACAGUUGUGCUUGUUACUCUGGAUGCCCUUAACUGCUUUGUAAUAAACCUUGGACAUGCGGUUAGUAAGUUCCUUAGGCCUGUUAUAUCCUCAACAGUCAAACUCCUGGGGGAUAGCAAGAUAACUAUUAAAGAAGAGUAUAUGAAAAUAUAUAUGAAGUUGAUGAAAUUGACUGGGCCUUACAAAGUGUUAACCAUAUUGUUGGAAAACCUUAAGCACAAAAAUUCUCGAGUAAGGGAAGAAAUUGUGAAUAUUUGCAUCGCUUCACUCUUGACUUACCCAAGUGAAGACUUUGAUUUGCCUUUUUUAGCAUGUGAAAUUGCCCCUUGUUUAAUAGACAGCAAGAGAAAAGUUCGUCAUGCUGCCUUAGAGGCAUUUGCAGUCUUGGCUGCAUCCAUAGGAGCCGGUAAAAGCAGCCUACUUAAAGCCGUGGAUGAAGUUGAGCUUCAAGAGAACGGAGAUGGGUUAAUGAAUGCUGUCCAGGCCAGACUUGCACGUAAAACUCUUCCAAAAGUCAAUUCUCUUGGUUUGGUAGAGUAUGCACUUCCAUGCCCUUCGUCUGCUCAUAUCAGGGGCAAUCACCACUUACCAGGGGCAGAUACAGAUUGGAUAUUGCCAGAGAGUCGAACACAGAGUGGACAAUAUGGUGAUCAUAAUGGCAGAACUACACUUCCCCACAUUGACCCACUCGCUCGCAGAAUGUUGAGUGCAGGUAAAGGGAAAAAUAAGUUCCCGUGGGAUAAUCAUCACCCUGAAGUCCUGGAGAUAUUUCCAAGAAAUCAAACCCCUAGUGGGCUGGAACCUGACCAGCUGUCCUCGAGGUUUGACAUGCACCACACACCUGUUGUGAAAACUCCCACAGCUAAAACUAGGCAUUCUGUUCUAAAUCAAUCUAACAGCGUUUACAGCAUAACUCCCGAUCCACCAGCUGCGGUUACUGUUCGGGAAGAAUCUCCAGUUAUACUGAAAGCUGCUUUAGUGAGAGUCCCGUCCACACGGAAAGACUUAAACAGAUCCAAACCGAUGCCACCAAUCACAAAAGCAGCCAGAUCAUUGCCAGACAUUCAUAGCAUUCACACCAGCCAUGUGCUGGAUGAUUCCCAGGUCAAUGAUGAGUUCAGUAAUGAAGAAAAUAUCGUCCUUGACCUCUUGGACUUAAGUUUGAAAGAUGACGACGAUGAUGAUCGAGAAGAGAUGAUUAGUUCUCUUCGUAAUGUUCGGAAUAGCGCAGCUAAGAAGAGAGCCAAGAUGAGCGGCAGCCUGUCUGACCUGGAGAGUCCAGACUCCACCAAAAUGGAGUUAAAUCUGGAUUCCCCAAGUCUGACUUCUUCUCCAGUGAUUGGCUCGUACAGGGAGAGCGGCAUUUACAGCAUGGAAUCUGUUAGAACGCCACUGUCGCCAACUCCUCCUAUCAAGAAACCUUUUGAAAUGGCUGCUGUUUCGAAACCCAAAGUCCGCCCUCCUAGACUGCCUUCCUCACGGAACAAGGAUGGUCCUAAGAAGACUGACAGUCCCCAGCAAGGGUUCGACACCAUGGAGAAGCCGGUGAGCGUCAUUGGUCAGCGUAUGAGCUACAGAAACGGUGCUAUGGACACAGAGGACGACCAUUUCAAACAAAUUUCUCCUGGUCCCAUGAGAUAUCCGUCCAAAGACCCUCCGAAGCCUGUAAAACCUACGAGAGGAAUCCCUGGGUCAUAUUCAAAUUUUCAGCAGCUUGGCGCCUCUGACACUGAAUUGAGCAGCUUCCUUGCAGAAGACUCUGUAGCCAUUAUCGGAAAAGGUGUGUUUGGCUGUGUGUCUGGGAAGACGUCAGAGGAGUAUCAGUCUUCCUUCGCAGCUCCUAGCGAUUUUGUUAACCUGAAGCAAAGCGUUCAGCCUCUGGCUGGUAUCUAUGGACGGGCUGUACAGCAGACAAAUAGCACCACAGAGAGUGAGGUCAAAGUAACCAUUUCAAAAUCAGCUCGUGACAAAAUGAGACUGAAGAGAGAGCCCAGCCUCAAAGAACUGGUAGACUACAAGGGAUCUGAUAGGAAAGAAGAGAUUCCACGGGAACGGUUGUCUCAUACCGAUCCUGGCCCGUCGCUAACUGAAGCACAUAAAUCGGCAUCUGACAAGCUGGAAUGGGUUGGCAGUCCUCCAUCCUUAAGGAGAGCAUCCAGUCUGAAGAGGACAUCAGUGCAAAGAAGCCAUUAUAAAGACAAGAGAUCAUCAGCAAGCCGCACUUCAGAGUUAAUGGAUCCUGUAGGAAUACAGGAGCUUGCCAGGCCUGAAAGCUCAAUGUCGGAUGCUUUUAGACUCUUAGAGGAUGAUGACUGGGAGAAGAAGAUUGAAGGACUGGGUAUAAUUCGAUCACUGUGUGCCUUCCAUUCUGAUGUGGUUAUUGAGAGACUCCAUGACAUUAGCAUUGCUAUCACUAAUGAGGUGAAAAAUUUACGCUCCAGUGUGUCUCGUGUUGCAAUUGCCUGCUUGGGGGAUAUGUUUACCCACCUGAAGAAGAACAUGGAUCACGAACUCGAGAACGGUGUGAGGGUUCUCUUACGCAAAGCCGGAGAACCAAAUGUUUUUAUCCGAGAGGACAUAGAUAAAGCCCUGGAUGCCAUGGUGCAAAGUGUUACUCCAGUACGCGCCCUUGUAGCUCUUUUAAAUGGAGGACUCGGCCAUUUGAACAAUGCAGUUAAAAGGUGCACUGCCCAGCAUAUGUGUGAUUUGGUGGAGCGCAUGGGACCAGGACGCAUGUUAUCUGGUAUAAAGGACAUUACAGAUCGUGCUCUACCAGCUAUAGCCAAGUUUGCUCAGGAUGGAGCCCAGGAGACCAGGUUCUUUGGACGAAAGAUGCUUCAUUUCCUCAUGUCACAUCCUGACUUUGACAAAAUGUUGGAGAAGUACAUUCCCACCAAGGACUUGCCAUACCUGAGGGAUUUAAUCAGAAACAUACAACAGAAGGGAGUUGGUGAGAUCCACGAUACACCGUCCGCCCGGGGAAGACGAUCCUAUCACGGUAGUGUUAGCAGCCUCAAAGCGGCAGCCUUAUCUUGUACUGCUCGUGCCUGAGCACAAAAGAGGGACCUGGUAUGGCUUUCAACUAUGAAGACCUUCCAUUCUAUUCCUUUGUAGAUGUCUAUGAACAUGCUUAUCAGGGGAAGUUAUAAAUUAAAUUACACAAGAUAUGCUGGAGUUGAUUUAAUGCAUUCAACAGCAGAAAAGGAUUAUCCCCCUGGUAAAUGC